AUGGUCUUUAUAUUUAAAAAUCAAUGUGACCGAUUUUUUUCUUCUCUUUCAACUCAUUAUCAGUACAAAGAUACUGCUCUCAAAAAUACACGAUGGCAAGCAAAAGCUAAUGAGCUAGGAGUAGAGGAUUGGAAGACUCUCAGGACAUGGGUUGAGUCAAUGAGAUCUCAGCUCGGAAGACUGACACGAGAAGGCAAUAAAUCUGGUUCAGGCAGAAAAGAUGAUACUCAAAGAGACAAAUGGAUCAAAGAAAAAUUUGGCUUCUUGGGUCCACAUAUUGCCAGAAUAGAAACCAGAGGAGGAAUAAACCCGAAAGAGAAACUCAAGGCAAAAUACGGAACAUAUGCUUGCGUCGACUCUCCCAGUGAACAUGAGGACGAAGAGGAAAGUCAAGAAGACGAUGAAAGAAGAUCGCAAUGUAAUCUUGAGGAGACGUCCAGCACAAUAGAUAUUCCCUCUCCUAUAGUUACAACAAAAACGAAAAAGAAAUACCAGAAAAUGAAAUCUCCAGUUGAAAAAGACAUCCAGGAAGCAAUAAAACAGUCUUCUGAAUUACAGAAACAAGUGCAGGCUAAGCUGGCUAGUCAUGCGGACAUGACACCCGAAAGGCAGAACUGGGGACAUUGGAUGGUCAGCAUUCUUCCAGGUAUUGACGACAGAUUGUGGGGGAGGUUUAAAAGAGAGAGUAUGGAUCUAUUGGACAGAUUUCAAAAUAAAAGUAAAGAGCUACGCAGCCGUGAUAAACAACGUCUUCAGCAACUGCAGGGAUUCACUGGUCAACAAUCUGCAUUGGAUGUUCCCAUGGGCAGCUUCUGUAAUCAAUCAAGUAAUGUUGGGUACCUGCCUGCAUGGCAGCAGCAAUAUCAGCUACCUGGACAGGACGUCGCCUUUCUGCAAAACCGGUCUCAAACUCAAGCAGACAUUGAACCUAUAAGAGCACAUUCUGCUCCACCUGUUACAUGCGCACAAGAUAUUACAACAUCAAGUAUUGUCAGUGUAAUAAUGCAAUCGGAUUCAAUGAACGUUGAUUCACCCUCAUCGUCACUUUUCUCAUUAUAAACUUAUUCAUACCAGGAACCGUAGAGGUGUUUAAAAGUUUUAUAUGAAUGACAUUAAAAGACG